AUGGGAGCGAAGGAUUAUCUCCAAGCAUUCAGACGGAAUAAACAGAGCGAUGUGUGCAGGUACCUGUCGAGAAUAAGAAUGUGGGAGUAUAGACAGCGUCCUGCCGUGCAUCGUGCAGAGCGCCCCACAUACCCCGACAAGGCGAGGAUGAUCGGAUACAAGAGAAAGUCCGGUAUAUACGUUUUCCGUGUGCGUAUAAAGCGUGGAGGAAGGCCAAGGAAAGCUAAUGAUGGUAAGACGGACGGAAAGCCGUCUAAAUCUGGGAUUUACCACAGGAAGCCGACGAAGAACUUGCAGGGUUUGGGCGAGAUAAGGCUGGGCCGUAAACUUGGCAAUCUGAGAAUACUGGGAUCAUAUUGGGUGUGUGAGGACAGGCAGUACAAGAUUUUUGAGGCGGUUGCGGUUGAUCCUAUGAAUAAGACGAUUAGAAACGAUGGGAAGUACAACUGGCUGUGCAAGGCCGAGAUGAAGCACAGAGAGUGCAGAGGCCUGACAUCGGCAACAAGGCGGUCAAGAGGACUGGGCAAAGGGUAUCGUUUUGCACAGACCGCUGGUGGAUCGAGAAGGGCUGCAUGGAGAAAUCGUAAUACCGUUAGUCUUAAGAGGUAUCGUUAGUUAAAUUGAUGAUAUGGGAA